AUGGCUUCAAAAACCUUCAACGUAGGUGUUGUUGGCUACGGCUUUAGCGCCAAAGUCUUUCAUAUUCCCUUCAUCACCAGCGUUCCCGACUUCAAACUGCACGCCAUCGUGCAGCGGACGCCCAAGCCGGACGACAAUGCCGAAAAGGACCACCCGGGUAUCAAGCUGUAUCACUCUGCGGAUGACCUGGCGAAAGAUCCCAAAGUCGAUCUUGUUGUGAUUACUACGGCGCCUGACUCUCAUUACGACCUGGCCAAGCUGGCUCUGAGUGCUGGCAAGCAUGUGGUGGUCGAGAAGCCCUUUGUCCCGACUCAUAAAGAGGCGGAAGAGCUGGUGGCAUUGGCUGACAGUAACAAGAAGCUGCUGGCCGUAUACCAAAAUCGUCGCUGGGACGCCGACUUUGUCACACUAUCAAAGCUUGUCAAGAAUGGCUCAUUGGGCCGAGUAGUUGAAUACGAGACUCAUUUUGACCGUCAUCGGCCUGAUGGCCCCUCAGACCCGGCAUCUUGGAAGGCCAAGGUGAUCCCGGCAAGCGGUGCGAUUUACGAUUUGGGAACGCACCUGCUGGACCAGGCUGUUUACCUGUUCGGCGAGCCGCAGCGUGUCACCGGCUUUAUUGGUAGUCAGCGUGAAAACAACCCUAGUGGAUUUGACGACGCCUUCACGGUUCUCUUCCACUAUGACAACGGCCUGUUGGUGACCGCCAAGGCGUCGGUGGUGAGCCCGGAAGAAAAGCAACUCCGCUUCUGGGUGAGAGGAGACAAGGGUAGCUUCAAGAAAUAUCACCUGGAUAUCCAGGAAGAUCAGUUGAAGGAGGGCAUCCUGCCUGGCAACAGCGCGUACGGCCUGGAGCCGAGUGAUAGAUACGGUGUUCUCACUACCAUUCAAGAUGGCAAGCCGGUAGCAGAGACUGUCCCGACAGUGGAAGGGCCGACAUGGGUGGAGUACUACCGCAAGGUUGCGCGUGCGCUCGCGGGCGAAGGCGAGCUCCCAGCCAGUGGCGCCGAGGCCAGCCGGGUUAUCCGGUUGAUCGAGCUGGCAAAGGAAAGCUCCAAGCAGGGCAAGACGCUGGCGGUGUAA